GAUGCCUUAUUUCAUCCCAUUAACUGGCUGUGCCUUGUUUCCUCACUUUCCAUAUGAGCAGCGCUGGCUGAGUUUACUUUAGGGUUUAAGAUUUUUUAGUUAAUGGAGGUUUAAAUACCAGUAGCCCUAAGCGACGUACUCCACCUCGCACACUAUGAGACCUUUCCGUGCUGCUCGGGCUGUAGCGGCGCUACGUCGAACCCUAGCAAUCCCCUUUCUUAGCCGCCAGCUCUCCACUUCCUCCGCCAACGCCGCCUUGUGCUUCUCCCCCACUGACGCGGGGAGGACUUCCCCAGCUCCGGCGGCGCUAUGCCGAACCCUAACGAUCCCCUUUUUUCAUCUCCAGCCCGCCACUUUCUCCGCUGAAGCCGCCUCCGCCAAUACCAAGUCCGACGACGACGAAGACGACAAAGACGGCGAUCCCAUUGCCGCUGCAAAGUUCGCCAUCCGAUCCGAGUCCGACCCCGACCGCCUCGUCUCCCUCUUCGAGUCGUCCGCGCGCCACCCCUCCUUCUCACGCGAUCGCCAAAUUUAUAAAUUUUCGGUCCAUAAGCUCGCUCGCUGCGGUCGCCCUGACCUCGUCGAGCGCAUCCUCGAGGGCGCCAAGUCCGACGCCAACAUCAAGUCGGAGGGCUUCUGGAUCCGUCUUAUCACCCUCUACUCCAACGCUGGAAUGAUCGACCACUCCGUGCGCAUUUUCGAGGCCAUGCCUAGCCUCGGCUGCCGGCGUUCUGAGCGCUCGUUCUGCGCCCUGAUGGCUGCUUUUCUGGAGAAUCGUCAGUUUGAUCGCAUUCAGGAGUCCAUCGACCGAUGCGCCAAAGAGUACAGCAUCGUCCCAGCCAUUGGGUCUUACAAUGUCCUCCUCAAAGCCCUCUGUUCUAGCGACAAGGUUGACGAGGCGUUUGCUUUGCUUGAUGAAAUGCCUGCAAAAGGACUCGAGCCUGACAUCGUCUGCUAUAACACCGUUUUGGACGGAUAUCUUAAGAUGAGAGACGAUUCUGGAUUCGAAAAAGUUCUUGAGGAGAUUGGCAAGAAACAAUUUCGCCCAAGUGUGACCACCUAUAAUUGUAGGAUUGCAGCAUUAUGUGCAAAAGGUAAGAGCUCUCAGGCUGAAGAAUUGUUGGAUGUGAUGCAAUCAGAUGGAAUCUAUCCAAACAGGACAUGCUUCAAUACCUUGAUUGGUGGGUUUUGCAAAGAAGAGAAUCCAGAUUCCGCUAUGAAGGUAUAUGAGAGAAUGAAAGGUAUCAAAAGGCCUGAUGGUACUGGUGUGUCACCUGAUUUUAACACAUAUGUUACCCUACUGGACGGUUUUGUCAAAAAAGGAGAGUUUCAGAAGGCUGUGGGGAUUUGCAAGCAGUGUUUGGACACGAAAUGGGCACCUCCAUUUUAUAUGGUAAAAGACUUGGUUGAUGGAUUGAUGAAGAGUUCACAGCUAGAUGAGGCAAAGGACAUUAUUGCAAGAAUGAGGAGGGGGAUAACUAAGGAUGAUGCUAAAGAUGCUUGGAGGAAAAUUGAAAAAGGAUUUGCCUUAUGAAGUGUGUUGAUUUCAUUAAUGCUUGCGAAUAAUAUCAGAUUCAUGAAGUUAGUGUAGUGAAUAGUGAGGCAUUUGUCUGUGGUGCCUGCUGUGCUAUCAAGAAACUUGAAAUAUAUUGGGGCUUCGUAACUUUUUUGUUUUGUUAUCGAUCCAAUGCUUUAACUUU